CUACUCAUUCCCUAGUCUCUGCGGAAGUCAGCUGAUUUCGAUCAUCCUCUCCCAGUGUCCCACGACCCCAUCGACCUCCCCUCCUCAGAUCUCCCAACCCGAACCCUAACCAAGCAGCACCAUGGCGAUCGCGGCGCGCGUCCUGCGCCGCCUCCCGCUCCAUCUCUCCCCUUCGCUCACCCGCCCCUUCUGCGCGGUCUCCCCGGCCCCCGCCGCCGCAUCCGCCAAGGUCGCCGACCGCAUCGUGCGCCUCCUCGCCAUCGAUCCCGACGGCGGGCGCCGCGAUAUCGUCGGCCUGUCCGGGCAGACCCUCCUCCGCGCGCUCGCCAACGCGGGGCUUAUCGAGCCGGCCUCCCACCGCCUCGAGGAUAUCGAGGCGUGCUCCGCCGAGUGCGAGGUCCACAUCGCGCAGGAGUGGCUCGAGAAGCUGCCGCCGCCGUCCUACGAGGAACGGUACGUCCUCACGCGAGCGUCCAGGAACCGCGAGCUCAACAAGCACGCACGGCUGGGCUGCCAGGUCGUGCUCACGCCGGAGCUGCAGGGGAUGGUCGUCGCCGUCCCCGAGCCCAAGCCAUGGGACAUCCCGUAAUGGCGCAGAAAGGUGCGGCCUUUGACGAUGCGAACCUUCGUUCCUUUCCCGGCUCGGCGGUGCCAUCCCUUUUAUGUUUCGGAUUUGAUGGAAGAAUAAUGAUUUGAUGGGCAAAACUUAAUGUUGUUUGUUAACUUCUGCCUCCUUUGAAUGUGGAUUAUGUGGAUGAUGUUAUGUGGAAUCCCCUUGCAAUUAUCUCAGUUUAAUUUUUCAUGGUU